CCGACUCUCUAGCCGCUGCUAUAUCAUUUCUUGACAAACUUCCCGCUCAGCAUCUACGGCUGUGAUUGGCUGAACCUUACCAUUCGGCAAGUGAAUGCUAGAACGCCCAGUUCUCCCAAACGGGGCACGACGAUACUACCCUAGGCUAUUGCGCGAUAUCGACUCAGCAGUUCAUGCGCAAGAAUGUCAGCAAUCAAUCCACGCGCCUCCGGUCUCUGGGCCUCUUCUCGCAUGAGCUAUAUCUCGGUCGCGGGCGAGUACGACGACGAGGACGGCUCCGACGUCGAUCUCGAGGCUAUGGACUUUGACGCCUCGGAGGAUGAUGGGAGGACCCCUCUGGACAGGACGAUUGACCGCAUCGGCAUGGGGAGUUACCAGUGGACGCUCCUCUGCCUCUGUGGGUUCGGUUGGUUGGCGGAUAACAUGUGGAUACAAGCAGUAGCCAUCAUACUCCCUCGGGUGCAGCAACAUUUUUCAGUGCGGGAUAGCUACAUUGGCCUCCUAUCGUCCUCCAUGUUCGCUGGGAUGAUGCUCGGUGCCGUGGGAUGGGGCACAUGUAGCGACCUCAUGGGUCGCACCACGGCGUUUAAUGCGACGCUCUUCUUGACUUCUGUGUUCGGGGUCUUGGCAUCCGUCGCUAACACUUUUGUGUUGCUAUGCCUCGCGCUCUUCUUUCUCGGCAGCGCCGUCGGGGGCUCGAUGCCGACUGAUGGGACACUACUCUUGGAGCAUAUGCCUAACGGGAAGCAAUGGCUGGUCACCGCACUUUCAGUAUUCUUCUCUUUUGGCGCGGUACUGGCGGCGAUCAUUGGUCUCCUCGUCAUCCCUAGCCACUCGUGUCCACCUGCCCGCGCGCCCUGCGACGCAUCCACUCAAAACAUGGGCUGGAAAUAUCUCCUUGCCGCGUUAGGGCUCAUUACGCUGUCUAUGUUUCUUGCCCGCAUGGUAUUCUUCCGACUGCACGAGUCGCCAAGGUACCUCGUGCAUGCUGGCCGUCCACUAGAAGCCAUAGAAUCCCUCCAAUUGAUCUCCGCAUUCAACGGCGACGAGCUCAGCUUAGAUCCAGAAGACGUGGACGACUCCGUCCCUGCACCAGCGACCCAGCCUACUCUGCCCUCUAACUCUUACGCGGGCGCAGACGAGGAGUCGCAAAAGUUCGCCUCAACGUCGGGGCAGAGCAUUGAACCGCUUCGCACCUCUCCCAAAUCCGCAAACUCGUACAAUUCCGUAGGCCGCCCGGAUGUUUCCCUGGACGCGCACCAGUUCGGCACGCCCCUCCCCGGAUCCGAUGCGGUCUUCCCCCGCUUUCCCGUCCUACCUCCAGCAUCAGCCCCAGAAGAGCAGCGGCCAUUCAUGUCUGCUGCGCAAGAAGAGACGGACACAGUGCCGCCUGCGGUCCCGCGACCGCCCCGGUCGCGACAGGGGUCAAGUGCUGCAAGAAACAGUCGCCGAUUGUCUCGGAGGCUAUCGACCGCGUCGUCAUACAUUGAGAGCAAAAGCGGUCCCCUGUGCGGGAUGUUGCCGCGGUGGAUGCGGCGCUCGGCGCUGGCGUGGAUCGACCGCGUUGCGAUGGUGCUGACACCGGAGUGGAUGCGGACGACGUUGCUCGUGUGGGCGGCUUGGUGCGGUCUGUCGCUAGCGUACACGAUGUUCAACGUGUACUUGCCGAAGCUGCUUGAGACGCGUGGGAUCGAUCCUAAUGGGGCACCGAAGUCGCUGGAGGAUAGCUUGUGGGACGUCGUGAUAUAUUCCUUAGGCGGCUGUCCAGGAGCGAUCCUCGGCGCAUGGCUGAUCGAAUCGCCAUUGGGACGACGCUGGUCCCUCGCCGGAAGCACGUUCAUGACCGCUGUCUUCUGCUGGUUGUUUGCCGUCGUCGAGCAUCCGUGGUUGGUGCGUGCGAGUACGGUUGGGAUCAGCUUGAGUGCUACGGCGAUGUAUGCCGUGCUGUAUGGAUGGACCCCAGAAAUCUUUGGGACGAAGGUCCGCGGCACCGCCUGCGGCAUCGCGUCUGCCCUCUCUCGUGUAGGCGGCAUGAUCGCACCCAUCUUGGGCGGGUCCCUGCUCGCCAUCAACCGUACAGUUCCGGUCUACACCAGUAUCGUCAUUUUUAUCAUCUCGGGCAUAUGCGUGCUCCUCAUCAAGGAGCGCGAAGUACAACCGGGGGGCGCGCGUACCUUUGCACAUUGACACUGGAAACUGGAAUGCUUGUAUCCGUAGAGGCGUUGUGGUUUCUUGUAAUGGUCUUGUACGUAUGACCCGUAUACGACUGUACAUACAUAUACGUAAUAUAGGACUAGUAGUCAACAUGUUUUUGCAGUUAGCUGUUAACGUGGGGUCCAGUCAUCUCAUGAUCCUCGUUGACCAGCGAAACAUACAGUAUGCCUUAGUCAGGACAGCACGACGCUGGCAGUAGUAAUCGUAUAGUACCCGGUCCCACUGCUUAGUAGUACCGCUGCUCCCAGGUUGAUCACGUCAUCUUAGACCUAUGUCUCGUGGGAAGACGCUGGACCUCGCGAUUACUGAUCUACCUAAUACAUCCCCCAGUAUAUAUAGUACCCCUGAGCUGGUCAAGUAAGAC